AUGCCAGCCCUCUCCACCCCUCCGCAGACUCCCUCCACCGCUUCCUCGCCCUUCCUCUCCCGCUCAAAUUCGUACAUUACCAGCCGCAGCCGCAGCAGCAGGCCAUCCACACUCGGACUUGGCAACGAAGAAGAUGCCGAGGCAGAUGCCGAGGCCAAGGCCAACAGAAGAAUUCCCUACCUUUUCCUCAGCUCCAUCGCCGCCGUCACGCUGGUUGCACACAAGUACUGGCCCAAGGGCUUCCCACAGGGCGAAAGGGAGGACUGGCAGCUGUCGGAGCUGGGGUUGCGCGCCAAGCAGAGGCGGCUGGCAGAGAAGGCCGAGAAGAAGUCUGCUCGGAACUUGUACCUUGUCGGAGAUGUCGGCCUGAUGGAAGGAGACCGAGGGGAGGAGAGGGGGACUACUAUCAUGGAGAUGAGGGAGAGGGGUCAGAUGGCAGAAAGAGACAAGAGAAGCCGGCGCGGAUCUAUUGCCAGCCAUGACCGCAGCAGGAGCGGCGACCAUCGUGACUUUGGAGUAGGCCGAUACGUCGAGCCGUCAUACGGGCGAGCCGGCAGCCGCGAACGUUCUGGACGCCGUCCGACAACCGAGCAGUACUGCCGCCUUGCUCCGAAAAGCCCUGUCGCUACCACCAAGCUGGUGCCGUCUUUCAGGGCCCAAUACCUCCUCGAGAGGUCUUCGUCCAAUGCGGGAUCUGCAGCUGAGUCGAGCGUCUCGAGUUUUUCACAGCCUAGAUACUACGACGAAGAUCGUCCUGGGGAGGUUGUGUACGUCUACCGAGAGUCGCCCUCAAAGUUGAGGCGAAGUUGA